AUGGCGUCUACGGAUAAAGAGUUGGAAAAGCAACUUCUUGAAGCCGGCAACAAGCUUGCAGAUCCUCCGUCGUCGGUGGAGGAGCUUCUCUCACUUCUAGACGAAGUAGAGAGUUUCCUAUCGAGGGUUGAACAGUCACCUUCCAACUCUAUGCAAAUUGCACUCUCUCCAUCAUUGAAAGCAUUGAUUGGAGACAAACUUUUAAAGCACUCAGAUGAUGAUGUCAAAGUUGCAGUUGCCUCUUGCAUCAGUGAAAUAACAAGAAUCACUGCACCUGAAGCUCCUUAUGAUGAUGAUCAAAUGAAGGAGGUCUUUCAAUUGAUAGUGUCUUCAUUUGAAAAUCUACAUGAUAAGUUAAGUCGAUCGUAUGCAAAGAGGACCUCAAUUCUUGAAACUGUUGCAAAAGUCAGAUCAUGUGUAGUAAUGCUGGAUCUUGAAUGUGAUGUCCUGAUUCUGGAGAUGUUUCAGCAUUUCUUUAAAGCAAUAAGGGAACAUCAUCCAGAAAAUGUUUUUUCAUCCAUGGAAACAAUUAUGACCCUUGUUGUAGAGGAAAGUGAAGAUAUAUCCUUAGACCUGCUGUCUACACUUCUGGCCAGAGUUAAAAAAGAUGAUGAGGAAGUUUUUCCACUUGCCAAAAAAUUGAGUGAGAGGGUCCUUGAAAGUUGUGCAACCAAGCUUAAACCCUAUCUGGUUCAAGCAGUGAAAUCCUUGGGUAUAUCUAUGAGUGAUUAUAGUUUGGUACUAGCUUCUAUAUGCCAAGAUACAUCUGAUGACUUGGAGAAAAAUGAUACAUGUGUUACCAGUGAGCACGUGGAAGAUAAGGGUGAGUCAGCCAAAAAAUCACUGGAGGAGUCAACACAUGUGGUUGAAAAGGAUUCAAGGGAAGUUACUCACUCUCAACAAGAAAAUCCUGAUGUGAAUAUAUCUCCGAAGUCGGUUAUGAGCAAUGGUGUUGCAUGUGUUGAAGAAGAUACUGCUUUAGCUGAUUCCAAGUCCAUUAAAAAGCAAGAGGAUGCUGACUGCUCUAAUCACUCUGAAGGUUUGAAUAUAUCUGGUCAUGAGGUGCGUAAUGAUUUAGACUCUGAAAAAGUUGACAAUAGUAAAAAAAAAGCAGAACAAUCUACCAAAAGACGACGAAAGAAAUCAAGCUCUUCAACAAAAUCUGCAAAAAUUUCCAAGGAUCAAGUUGCUACUAAUGAUAAGGAAUCUGGGAAAAUGCUUGAUAAUGCAAGCAACAGCAAGAAAGUUCCCAGUUCCCCUCAUGAGGACCAUUUUGUUGAAGCAGCAGGACCUUCAGAGAAUGACAAAGGAAUUGAUGCUAAGACUUCAUCACAGAAGCCAUGCAAUAAUGAAUCUGAAGUUGCUUCUCCACCAAGUGAGAGCCUCCAUGAUGAAAAUCGGUUAAAGAAACUUGGACGAACUAAAAAGAAAGACGACCCUGUAAAAGAAGGGGUAGGAGAAGAUGUUUCUAAGGUGUCUGGAGGAGCUAGUGAUUCAGAAGCCAAACCUGCCAGGCGGUCAGUGAAAAAGGCUCUCGGUCAGAACUCUGAUGUGAAGAAAGCUAGUAUUGUAGAUUCAGUUAAAAAAGGAAGUGGGACAGCAAAUGAUGCAGAUACUAAAAAGCAUUCAGUCAAGAAGGUAGAUGAAAACAAAAAGGGUAGUGGAGGAUCCUCUUCAAAGCAGAUUGGGGAUAAGAAGAAGGGAGGGCGGGGGAAAGCUAGCUCUGAAACAGAUGUAGCAAAAUCAUCUGCCAUGGACGUGGAGAGGGAAAUGGUUUCUUCUCCGAGGUCUGGUACUAAAUCAACUAAAGAUGAAAAUUCAGAGGAGACUUCCAAGACAAAUGUGAAAAGGAAACGCACUUCAGCAAAAGAAAAUGAGUCUGAUGUGAAGGAAUAUGGUGAAAACCUUGUUGGUUUACGGGUCAAAGUUUGGUGGCCUGAGGAUCGUGAGUUUUACAAAGGUGUUAUCCAUUCUUUUUAUUCUGCCAAAAAAAAGCACAAGGUCUUGUAUGAUGAUGGUGACGAAGAAACAUUAAAUCUCGUGAAAGAAAAAUGGAAAGUCAUUAAAGCUGACUCAGAUGCAGAUGAGGAAGAUCGAAGUGAUCGUGAAAGUCUUGAUGUUUCCACUGAUAUGCCACCGAAGAAGAAAGGGAAAAUAAGUGCUGGUGAAUCAACCAAGCAAGGAAAGGUGGAUGCUUCUUCCAGAAGUGGUGGAGCAGCAACAUCCAGUAGAUCAAAGGUUGCAUCCAUGAAGUCUAGCCACAAGUCCAAAGAUUCCAAGACUAUUAGCAAAUCUGGGGAAGGAGUUAGUAAAAAAUCUAAGGACAACACUCCUAAAACGGGUAGCAGUAAAUCUGUUGUCGCUGCUAAGAAAAUGAGUCAUAAAUCCAAAAACCCUGAUACUUUCAAGACAAGCGAAUCAAAGGAUGAUGACACUAUCAAGCCAAAAUCCUCUACCAAGUCAAAGCAAGAAACUCCAAAAAGUGGAAAAUCCAAGCAAGAGACCUUGAAGAGUGCCAAUUCAAAAGGUAAACCUCUCAAAAGUGGUGGAAAGAGUGAUGUUAAUGGUACUGGGAAGGUGAAAUCUGGUUUAUUGAAGAGAAAAUAUGCUGAGGAUGAGAAUUCAGAUGCAUGA